UUCUUCCUUCACCAGUGCCUGGUGGCGGAGCCUGGGUUUGGGACUGGCGGUAGUCUUCUUCUCGCGGGCAGGUCUAGGAAACAAGGAGAAUAUAUUCCUGUAACAAUGGCAGCAAAAUCAUCACUCCUUAAAGUAAUACUGCUAGGAGAUGGUGGAGUUGGGAAGAGUUCCCUUAUGAACCGAUACGUCACCAACAAGUUUGAUGCACAGCUGUUUCAUACAAUAGGUGUGGAAUUCUUAAAUAAAGAGUUGGAAGUCGAUGGACAUUUUGUUACAAUGCAGAUAUGGGACACAGCAGGUCAGGAACGUUUUAGGAGCUUGCGGACUCCUUUCUAUAGAGGUUCUGACUGUUGCCUUCUAACCUUCAGCGUGGAUGACUCUCAGAGCUUCCAAAACUUAAGCAACUGGAAGAAAGAAUUCAUUUAUUAUGCAGAUGUCAAGGAGCCUGAAAGUUUUCCAUUUGUGAUACUGGGUAACAAAAUUGAUAUCGAUGAAAGGCAAGUGUCAACAGAGGAAGCCCAAGACUGGUGCAGAAAUAAUGGCAACCAUCCCUAUUUUGAAACCAGUGCGAAAGAUGCUACUAAUGUUGCAGCAGCCUUUGAAGAAGCCGUCAGAAGAGUUCUAGCGUCUGAAGAUAGAUCAGAUCACUUUAUUCAAACGGAUACAGUAAACCUUCAUCGGAAACCGAAACCCAGCUCAUCUUGUUGCUGACUUAAAUAAUUUUUUUGGCCAAAUUUCUUUUGACUAGCUUGCUCUAUGGAAGGAUGGGGAAGGUGUAGUAGGUAAAAUAACAAACGGGUUCCACUCUAUGUUAAAAUUGUAAUAUUCUGCUGCUUUCUUGGGGGAGCAAAAGAAAAAUUUCCAUUCAUGAGUGACCCAUUGAAUUAGUGACACCUUCUGUUUAGGAAGGUGUCAAGUAAAACCAUAAUUUGCCAACUUUAUUCAAGUGAUAAAUACUUUGAAUAUAAUUAAAACUUGAAAGUUCUAGAAGCACUACUUUGGAGAAACUGUUCUGGAAUUCAUGCACAAAGAUACUUUUAUAUGUGUAUAUUUUUAUGAAAUCGGCAUUCCGUUGUUGUUUCACUAGAAGUCAAGUUUCCUAACUAUGCUAGAUAUUAAACUUCAGUCUCACUACAUUCCUUUUGCUGUGAGUGGUACUUCAUCUCUAAUAUGUUUAUUGUAAGUUAAUAUAAAUUACCUUCGGGUUUUCUCUUAAUUGCCUAAUGUUGCUAUAAUUUGUAUAGAUUUUUAAGUAGGAAAUAAAUUUCCUACAUAUUUAAUAUCCUUUUUCAUUUUCUGUUCUAAUGCUGUACUAAUUUGCCCAGCAGCUUAAUGCAAGAGACUGAUGAUUUUUUUAAGUUAAUACAUGUAUUUGCCUUAAAUCCCACUCUACCAUGUUUCUGAUCAAUAAGGUGAAAAAUCAAGAGUAACUGAAGUAUAAUCAUUUUUAGUUAUGAAGAAGAUAGAUACACUUUAUUCAGUCAGCUUUAAUAGCACUUGAACAGAUCCACAUUAUGACGACUUUGUAGGAAAACUUUUUGUAAACAGCCUUAAAGUUCCAAACUUCUUGUUCCUGUUAAUAUGAGCUAUGAAUGUGUUUACUAGUAAUCUCUGCACUGUGAAACUAAGGAUUGGCAAUACGUAGAAAACUCAGGAAGCUUUUGACUUAUGUUAUAUUGUGACAGCUUUCAGCCCUAAUACAAGUAAAUACAUACAGCUAGUGUUAUUUUUUGAAUAUGGACUUACACAGAUGUACACAUUUAAGACGAUGUGUUUUAUAUUACUGUACUCAUUAUACAGUGAUGAACAGAAGCAAAUUCUAUAUUUAAUGGACAGUCUUUCUGCAGUGAUGCAGAUGACACCACAGAAGGUGUAUUUGAAGUUCUCCAUUACAGUUAAGUGAUAGAAUAUGAGUUGUUGGUGUCGGCUCUUGGAGUACCCACUGUCCUUGUAAUAGCAAACUUGAUAGUGUACUAUUGCUUCAAAUGUGUAAUUUGACUGCUAACCAGCAUGCACAUACUCACAUUGUGGACUUGGAAGUCUGUGGCCUAUGGGAACAGGCCAUGUUGUUCAUUAAGCUACACAGACUCUUGUUUUCUGUACAGUAAGGAUUUUUGUUCCAAUAAAAAAGCCUUUCUUGAGAGUACAGUAACAGCAAAAGUUUUCUCUUAACGUAUCUCUUUAGUCUGUACCAGGUGUAAUUGUAUGGAAGUAAAGCUUACAGAACAAA